AUGAGCUCGAACUCGACCAUCAACAGAGACUCCGGUACCUCCAACUCUGGAAUAUCGAAGAAAAAUAUGAACGUGUUAGACGGCAUCAAAGGAAAACUCCCCGAGGACCGCCGGAUGAAUUUAACCGAGGACUCCUUGCGGUCGCGAGGAUCCCACCGACGAACAAACUCGCGAGAAAUCGAGAACCUCUCCUACGACAUCGACUUGGACGAUAAGAUUUUAGACGCUUCACACGCGUUGUUAGCCAUCAAUAUCGGCGGGGGGAGUCGAAGAGGCUCGGGAGGAGAGUUGAAUUCUUUGCUCCAAAACCAACCACAGACGAGCACGGCGGGAAGCGCGGUCGGGAGCGCGGCGACGCCGAGCACGUCAGAUACGGAAGCAGACGUGGUGACGAGCACGAAGAAGAAAAACAAACAACAGCAAGUGGACAGGACAGUGAAGAUAAAAGCGAUGGUGUUUAGUGGCGGAUUCUUAGUCGAUCGGGGCACCGGGAAAGAGUAUUUAGGCGGCGAGACGAGGAUCGUGUCCUUGAUGCGAAACGCGACGUUCGAGGAAAUGAAGACGAAGAUUGUCGAAGAAGAAGAGCCGACGAAGAGGAACAACGUGCAAAUUUUGUAUCCGGAUGGCGAUCAUGUCAUAUCGGUGAAGAACGACGACGACGUGGAGACGAUGAUGGAGGAAUGGGAGACGGUACACGCGGUUGAUUCGAGAAAGAAGUUGAAAAUAUACGUCGUCGAGAAGGCGACGAACAUGUACGGGUCGAAUAAUCGCACUGCGAUGGAACUGGACGCGAACAGAGAUGAAAAUAGCAAUAAACAACAACAACAACAAGGAGAACAACAACAACAACAACAACAACAAGUAGCAGAGAACAAUAACGCGACGACAACAGUAGCAACGAGGACGACGACGACGACGUUUGAAGACGCCAGCAACGGCGCAAUCGACGAAACUCAAACGAGGAACGGGUCGCCGUCUCUAAGCAUCGAACCUUCAAAGUCGCCCAGAAGUCACGGAGGAUUGCAAAUUAUUCCGAGAUCAGACCUUACCUUAGGCGCGCGGUUAGGCGGUGGUGCUUUCGGUGAAGUCUAUGCAGCGGUAUGGCGAGGCGCGGAGGUUGCGGUGAAAUUUAUCAAUCGCGAGUUUGUAUUUUCGCCCCCUGGUUCUCCAAAACGUCACGGUCGCGACGGGUUAGAUAACAUCUUUGAAGACGAAGAGUUUAUUAGCAAUAGUAAUAGCGGCGAUGAUGACGCUGAUAAUGAUGACGCUGAUAAUGAUGACGACGAUUUUAAGGAUGAUAAAUCCCGUCGCCGAAAUAACGCGAAGAAAAACAUGGACGAUAUGGACAACAUGCACAAAGAGAAGAAAAGAAAAGAAAAGGAAGAACAACACGAACACUUUUUGCGCGAGGCUGAGACGUUGGCGACUUUAAGCCAUCCAAACGUCGUCUCUAUUUUCGGUGUCGUGACCGAUGGCGAUCGUCCAGGUAUCGUCGAAGAAUUUCUGAGCGGAGGAUCGUUACAAAGAGUCUUGGCGAAAGAGCGCGAACGCGCGAAAGAUCGCGAGGCGGCGAGACAAGACGCGGUUAAGAAAGCAAACGGUGACGUAGCUUUACAGGCUGAAUUACUCGCGAAAGUUGCCGCUUCAACCGCCACUCGUUCUCGCUUAGACGCCAAAACGCGUCUGCAGCUCUGCUUAGACGUCGCGAGAGGAAUGGAGUACUUGCACGCGAAACGGUUCGUCCAUUUCGAUUUAAAAUCCGACAACGUGUUAGCCGCGGUGAGAGGUCGACGAUUAGUGUGUAAAGUGUGCGAUUUUGGUUUAUCCAAACGACGUCGUUCACAAGCCUCGUUCGUAUCAGGCGUCAACUCUCGACGAGGCACGUUGCCUUGGACCGCGCCAGAAGUCUUGCGCAGUCCAGAUAAAGUGACGGAAAGCGCAGACGUGUAUUCGUUCGCCAUCGUCAUGUGGGAGCUCUGGACGUCUCAAUUACCGCACUACGGUUUAGACGAGUACGCCUUGUACGGCGGACUCAUGAUGCACCAACUUCGUCCAACCGUCCCUGGCGACGACGCUUUAUCGCCUCGAACGGGACCGUAUCGCGCGGCGACUAAGGACGCGCAAGUCACCGUCGAUAUCGACCCUCCCUGCGACGGUUGGGAAACGUUGAUGAAAAACUGUUGGAAAGAAAAUAGUAAAGAACGUCCAAAGUUCGUGGACAUCGUCGCCAGCUUAGAAGCCAUGAAAAAUGAACACUUCGACGGAAACGCGUUCAGCGGGACGCCCCCGGUCGUCAACAAGAGCACUGGCGGCAAGAGCAACAAGCAGCCGUCGCCUCUGAAGUAG